GAAAAGAAAGGAACAACAUCCGUGCUUGGAGCUGCUGCUAGUGACGACGAAAAGUCCUCAGAGCAUGGGAUCUUGGAUGUGAUGAAAGUUUAAGUUUGUCAUGUCCCAUAGGUGAUAUGAAUUGUUUAUGCCAAGUGUGUGUUUACAUGGCGAGCUUAUGAUUUUCCCCAGAUUGUCGUUUCACAUGACAUGACUGUCUACUUGAGUAAACAGAGUUAAGUUCUAUGCUAGCUAGUCUGAAGUAGUAGCUAACAUUUAAAGCUUUUCUAUGGGGAGAAAAAAGAAACGUGCUGGUGAAGCUCUCGGGGGCGGUUGCCCUCCUCGCGGUGGUGGACGCGGUCAUCGUGGCGGUGGUCCCCCGCGUGGCGGCUAUGGUUUCCCUGGUCCUCGCUUCCCGCCACACCAGGAGGAAGGCUGGCUGGAGCAUGACCGUUGGACGGGGCCACCGGGCGAUGGACACGAGCAGAACUUUUCACACGGACCCCCGGGCGACUAUGGGAUGCAGCGAGAGUUCUACCCCGAUUCUAGACCAAUAUACCACGAGCCACAGUUCUACGAGGAUGACUUUCCGCCCUUGGACAAUCGUGGCUCUCGUCGGAGCAGGCCGUUUCGCCCGGCCAGAGCAAGGGGCAGCCGAGCUGCUCCACGGGGUCGUCCUGUUGCGUCCAUGGGCCGCUCAAGUAGGGCGGAGGAGGACGGUAGCAUGCCAGCGGAGCAAAUGGUUGUCAGUGUCGAUUCGGAUGAGCGUACCGUUACCACUGCCACCCCCACCCUUACUGUCACCAUCGGUGCAUCUGUCGAAGAGGACGGUGGUAAACAGCUCAAGGUGGUUGAGAAAGAUGCGUCUCCGUCUGUCGAUGUGGUGACUAGCUGUCAGGUGGGAGACCCUGUAGGUGCUGCUGCUGCUGCUCAGUCCUCAUCGUCUGCUCCUUUGGACCCCCCCUGCGCACCCACGCCUCUCCCCGUCGCAGAGGCCGCCUCCUCAAACACGCAGGCCAAGGGACCGGACUCACUGCUAGCCAAGACCACAGCUGCCAAGAAGCUUCCGCCAGGGCGUUUUGAAGGAGUCAUUGCCUUCGUUGGGGAGGCAAAGGGGAUCAUCGAAAGAGAUGACCUGAAGAGUUUUCCCUUCAACUUCCCGUCCUUCUAUGACCACCACAAGUUCCUCAUCCCUGGCGUCAAGGUGCACUUCACCGUCUUCAAGCAGGGUGGGUUCCAAAAAAAGGAGGUUGCCACAGAUGUGAAGGUGGCCCCUGGAGGAACAGGGCAGGUGGACCCCGACUUCCUGCCUGGAGUCAUCAUCAAAGCACAUACUUCCUCAAAGGGGUUCUUUGGGAUGAUCACUUCUGACCUGUCGGGGGAGUUGGACCCACUGCCGUUCGGCAACGGGGAUUUCACUGGCACGCUGUUCAAGCACGACCGCGUGGAGUUUCAGCUGGUCACGGACCUGCUCUCUAGGGAGAAGAAGGCCACCAACGUCAGGGCCGUGGUGCCACUCUCCUUCCAGUUCACCAAGGAGAAAAGGCAGAAGGGAAUGGUCAUGGACAUCCAUUACAAUGUGCUGACGAUCAUGUCCGAGAGUUACAACAGUAUCAAGGGCGACUCCCACGAGAACCUGAGUGGGGAUGAGUUAAAGGUCAUGGACGAGGUGGAGUUCACCUCUGUGGAGGGGGGAGCUGUUCGGCUGCUGAAGCUUCCCCAGGGCUCUGUGACCUUCAGCCCUCGUGACCACCCCAAGGUCGCACAGGACGCCAGCAAGGUCAAGGAGGUUGCCCCUAAGGAGAAGCCAGUGGAAACGGGGUCGAAGCCUUCAACCGCUCAGCCAGCGCAAAAGCCUACGGCCACGCCAGCGCAAAAGGCUGCGGCCGCGCCAGCGCAAAAGGCUGCAACUGCCCCAGCGCAAAAGGCUGCAACUGCCCCAGCGCAAAAGGCUGCAACUGCCCCAGCGCAAAAGGCUGCAACUGCCCCAGCGCAAAAGGCUGCAACUGCCCCAGCGCAGAAGGCUGCAACUGCCCCAGCGCAGAAGGCUGCAACUGCCCCAGCGCAAAAGGCUGCAACUGCCCCAGCGCAGAAGGCUGCGGCCGCCCCAGCGCAGAAGGCUGCGGCCGCCCCAGCGCAGAAGGCUGCAACUGCCCCAGCGCAAAAGGCUGCAACUGCCCCAGCGCAAAAGGCUGCAACUGCCCCAGCGCAAAAGGCUGCGGCCACGCCAGCGCAAAAGGCUGCAGCUGCAGCUGCCCCAGCGCAAAACGCUGCGGCCACGCCAGCGCAGAAGCCUACAGCCUCCCCAGCGCAAAAGAAUUCAGCUACCGCAGCCCAGAAGCCUACGGCCGCCCAACCAGCGCAAAAGGCUGCAGCUGCUCCAGCGCAGAAGGCUUCAGCCACCCCAGCAACUGCUCAAAUGCAGAAGGCCGCAGUCGCCUCAGCCCAGAAGCCUCCGGCCACCCCAGUGCAAAAAACUGCAGCUGCAACAGCGCAGAAGACUUUAGCCACCCCAACUCAAAAGGCUGCUGGCACCCCAGCGCAGAAGCCUACAGCUACCCAAACGCAGAAGCCUCUGGCCGUCCCUGCCCCAAAGACUGCAGCCUCCCCAGCACAAAAACCAUCAGCCACACCAGUGCAGGAGGCUGCAGCUGCCCCAACGCAAAAAACUCUGGCCACCAAACCAGCGCAAAAGGCUGCCUGUGCCAUUGCUCAGAAAGCUGCAGCUGCCCAACCAGCUCAGAAGGCUGCUGUCCCCCCAGCCCAGAAGACUCCGGCCACACCAAGUCAAAAGGCUCCAGCUGCCACCGCAGUGCCGAAGCCUACGGCCACGUCAGCACAAAAGUCUGCGCCCACCCAGCCACCUGAAAAGGCUGGUGGCGCCACAGUGCAAAAAGUUGCACCAGCGCAAAAGAGUGGCAACAGCAGUGGAAUGCUGGAGGGAGUUGUGCUGACUCUCCCUGCUCGUGGAUUCAAGGGCAGCCUGUGUGCGGUGGUGGAGGGCGAAGAGAAGCAGCUGGGCUUCAGCUCGGGGGAAGUGUUGACCAAGGCCACCAUGCUGAUCGGGGACAAGGUGCAGUUCAAGCUGGUCACCAACCCCCAGACCAAAACCCAGAGUGCCACCGCGCUGAAGAUCCUGCCAGACACCUUCCUGGACGCAGACACGCAGGAGCAACGCAAAACGGGUGUGGUGGUGGCCAUCAGCGGUACAGGUGAGUUUGGACACAUCAAGCCCCAGCUGGACGCCCACAAUGCAAGGCUCUACUUCCUGUUUAGCGAAGUGAUGGAGGAGAAACGACUUCGCCUGCAGGACAAGGUGGAAUUCAGCGUAGUGCCUACUAAAACGGAGGAUCAUGCCAUCAGGAUCCGGCGCUGUGUCGAGGAGAGCGUGUUUACACCGGCGCCCAAGUUGGACAGCAUCACUGCCAAGCCAGCAGAGAAGAAGAAAAUAACCAUCAAUCUUGCUGUAAAUGCACCACAGGAGACAAUCAAACCAACAUCCAUUGGUAGCAGUAAUGCAGAAGAGAGCAGCGUCUGUACUGCAGAAGACGACGACGUGGUGGUGGUAGUGAUGGAAGAGAAAGGAAAGGACGUGAUCGACUUGACUCUAUCUGAGGGCGAAGAAGACGUGAUCGACCUGACUGCCCACGACAGCAAAACAAAUGGGCAGUCCAUCAGCAUCUACAUGGACCAUGGAGUGGCUGUGAAAAAGGAGUUGGCUGAAGGCGAUCGGCAAGAGACCGCAAAGGAUUGUGAAAAACACAGCACCACACAGGAGCAGGCGGUGGGCAAUAAAGAAUCUGUGACCAAUGACCUGAAUGUAGUUAAAGAACCAGAGAGUAAAGAGGGGUCUAACACAGGCAGCCAGACCCAAACACAGCCAAUUGGCAGCAAAAAAGUUGCAGAGUCUGUGGAAAAGGGUACUGAUGUAAGCAAACAGUCUAAGGGCAAAGAGCUUUCAGGCAAAAACAAGGCCAGCAGCAGUGAACAGAGAGAUGGCGGUCAGAGUCGCAGCCAGGACAAAGAUGAUCGUCCUAGUUGUCAAACCUCAGGCAAGGAGGUAGCAAAAGGAGCAAGCAAGGAAAGUGGUUCCGGUAUCAGUAGAAGCAGAGAGCAUGCUACCAAGCGUGCACGUAGCAGAAGCAGGGAAGACGACAGGAGCAAGGCCAAAGAGGAUUUGGGGAAAAGGAGCAGCAGCAGCAGUCAGAAAAAUGACAGAAACAGAGAUGGAGGUAGCAGGUCAGAUCAUCGUCGAAGUCGCCGAAGUUCGAGCACAGAAAGGAGGCGUGGCAGAAGCAAGGAGAGGGCCGCCGGAGACAGGAGAGUGCGUAGCAGGAGUAGGGAACGGUCCCACAGGAGCCGCAGCUCAAGCAGAGAGAGGAGACGAGGACAGAGCAAGGAGAGGACUGGCAGGGAUCGCCGUCGGCGGAGUAGGAGUAGGAGUAGGGAUCGGGGCAGGGAGAGGGACAGAGACCGGGACCGGGACCGGGACCGGGAGAGGGAGAGGGAGAGGGAGAGAGAGAGAGAACGGGACCUGGAGAAGGAAAAGGAGAGGCAGAGGGAGAGGAACCAGGAAAAAUACAAAGAAGGGGAAAGGGAUCUGAGGCUGAUGAGUCAGAGUCCAAAUCAUAGAGGUGAGGGCAACAGGAGCAGGAGCAGGGAGCGCCCCUUCAGACAGUGUAGAAGGAGUACGAGCAGUAGCCCGAAAAGGCAGAGCGCUGCAGCAUCCGUACCGAUGACUGCCCCAAACUUUGGCUUUGUCAAUAGGGAGGAGCCCACUCCUGAGCCAACCAGCUUGAGUGGUAAUCUUAAAGUGAUGAGGAGUGAGAUGAUGGAUAAAGAGAUUGAGAGGAAACGGAAGGAGCUGGAAGAAGUGCAAGAGAAGGUGGCUCGUCAAAGGGCAAUAGCAUCCAAGAGAAGGGCAUUGGAGUUAGAAGUUACACAGGUACAUCAGCCGAUUUGGGGCUCUCCAUCUCGGCUCACAGAUGAACCGGAGAUUCCGCUGCUCUUCUCUCCAAGUCGUGAGAGUAACCAAGGUGACCGGUUGGCGAAAACGCCAAUCAAGUCCAUUUUGAAAAAACCCAAGCAGUUCCCAGAGGCUGAAGUUCCACUCAAGGUCUAUUGCCAUUUUACACCCAUCAUUUUUUCCUUGCUACUUGCUACUAUGCUUUCUACUUUUUACCUUUUUAACUGUUUGAACUUCUUUCUUCAACAGGAUGAUGACGAUGGACCACCACCUCAGAAAGUAUCAAUUUAUCAAGCACCCUCUGGCAAUCUGUUUCCCAUUCCCUUGUCAUCAAACCCCAAAGGUUCAGCUCUUCCUCACCAGCCCAGUGUACCCUACUCAUCGCAUAUGGUAUCAAACACAUCAACAUCUGUACCUGCUCAUCCUGCACUAUGGGAGACUCAAUCAAUCAACCCAUCAGUAUCUGUUUAUCCAGCACUAUGGGAAAACCAGCCAUCCAACCCAUCAGUAUCAGCACCUGCUUAUCGUCCACUGCGGGAGAGCCCACCGUCCAACAUCUCAGCAUCUACAUCAGCUCAUCCUGCACUUUGGGAGACUCCAACAUCCAACACCUCUGUAUCUCCUCAUCCGGCACUUUGGGAGACCCCCUCAGAACGACGAUUUACUGAGCCUCCUCUUCGCCGCUAUCCCCUAAGCCCACCUCGUGCUCAAGAGGAACCGGAACAGCAGAGGUCUGAAGUCUCUUCCAACAUGGCACGCUUCAUCAGCCUCCUGAAUAAAGGCGUGGACAGCAACCUGCUCUCUAAGAUGGUCAAGGAGGCUGAGAAAGAAAGUGCUGCCAUUCAGCAGAAACCACAUAGCAUGUCCCCGCAUGGCGAUGAGUGUUACGACCCGUUUAAAGAGGACCAGGAGUACCUUUUGCCCCACGAGAUGCCAGUGGAAGACGGCAGUGGCUUUUCACGAGUCCUGAGCUUAAAGACUGGGCAGUUGGUGGAAGAGCAGUUCCUUAGGAAGUCCAGUGUGGAUGAGGAGGAGGACUUCCUUUACGGUGAACAGGGCAACGAGCGACAACACAGGCUGUCAGUACCUCCUCAGCAGGUGAUGAGGGAGGAGAGGGCAUCUGGAUUCUCUCAACGCGAUGAGGUCACAGACACUGCCGGGAGAGAAAUGGGCAAAGAUCAGAUGUCCGAGCAGGUUCACAGUUUCUUGAAAUUUAAAGGCGUAGAGUUGGGGGAUUCUGAGUUAUCCCAAGUGAUGAAAAGGGUGAGAGAACUUACAGACAUGAAAAGGCGUGCUGCCAUAGAGCGGCAAAAGCGCAAUCGUUCGCCAGUUGACCACCAUGAUCGGACCAGCUCGCCUGACGCGGACAGAUUGCGGUCCACUUCACCUGAGAAGCAAUCGAAGCGACGGGUUUUGGUGAAGUAUGACCCCAAAGGUGGGCUAACAAAGACGUUCCUUAAUAAACCCUCAAGUCCUGAACCUGAAUCGUCACCAGAGUCUGCUUCAAAUCCGGCAAGGUUACUGUCCUCUACAUCAUCUCAGUUCAGUUAUCCAGAGCCAGAGUCAACUUCAAGACCAGGAAAUGUAUUACACUCGGGCCAUACGGCUGUUACUUGUCAGUUCGGGUACCCAGACCCAGAAUCAACCUCAAAUCCUGCAAAUGUAUUACCGGUACCCCCGACUUAUCCACCCGUUACCUCUCAGUUCAGAUACCUAGAGCAAAAAUCGGCUUCAAGCCCAGAAAUUCUAUUACCCGCAGCCCAUCCCCCUGUGCCCUCUCAGUACAGGUACCCAGAUCCAGUACCAACUUCAAAUCCAGCACAGCUGUUGUCUUCUGCUCAUCCACCAGGUCCAUCUACAUCAAGUUACCCACAAUUUCCUAAGGCAGUAUACGCAUAUAUGGGCCCUCCGGGUGCUGUACCCCCUCAUACUCCAACCACAUUUUUGGUAAGUCACUCAGCAAUGCCUCCACUAACGCCUCAACAUCCCACGCUUCAACAUCCAACACUUCAGCCCCCAACAUUUCAAUCCCCAAUGCUCCAAGCUCCAACCGUUCAGCCCCCAACAUUUCAACCCCCAAUGUUCCAAGCUCCAACCGUUCAACCCCCAAACUUUCACUCUGCAAUGUCGCCGCACCCAACACAUCCGCAAACGUUUCAACACUCAACACUUCAAGACCCUUCCCUUCAACCCCUAGCACUUCCAUCACCAUUGGAGGUUCAGCAUCCUUACUCUAUGACAGCUGGCCAAACCUACCUGUCGCAAACAUAUCCAGCUCCGACAUAUACAACUGAACAGGUGUGUCAACCACAAAUUGCUAGCCCUACAAGCUCUUCGUAUUCUGGAUAUCCACCUGUCCUUACCCCCAUCAUCCCCACCAGCAGCAUGACCACUCCAACUUCAGGGAACGUCACUCCUCCCGUUUUGGUGACCCAGCCCCUUCAGAAUACUGUCAAACAGCUGUCUGCUGUGAAGAUGGGAAACCUUAAAGUCGUUGAGCUACAGCCAUACAACCCUAACCCUUCUGAAGAAGCGGGGAAAUCCUCGGCAGAAAGCAAUGCCACAAGUGACCCAACGGCAGUUCAACCGACACCUGCGACUCAGAUCGAGAAGCAGAAGAAAAAGCUGGAGCAAUUCAGUCAGCGCUGGAAGCAGAACAACAAGAAGUUGAUGGAGGCCAGGCAGGAGAGCGGGAAAAAGGACUCUACAACAGGGAAUGUGGCGAGCACCAAAGUUGGUGGUAAGAAUAUCUGGAUUUGCGGCCACAGCCUGGUGGCCCUGGCCGAGAAAAAGGCCAACAACACGGCGUCCCAGUUCGGGAUGCAGCUAGGCCUGGACCCCAAGUGCGUGAAGGUGUGGUGGAAGGGGCUGCAGGGCAUGACCUGGGACCAGCUGGGGCACCAUCUCCACCAGCUCAAGCUCACGUGGCCCAAUCCUGACAUGCUCAUCGUCCACCUGGGUGGCAACGACAUCAGCCGCACGCCGGACCCGGAGCAGCUGGUGAGCCAAAUCAGGAGGGACCUGACGUCGGCGCGCUACCUCCUGCCCUCCAGCUGCCGACUGGUGUGGUCGGACAUCCUACCGCGCCGCUUCUGGAAGCAGGGAGGCACCAUGGUGGACGACGUGCACAAGAUGGUGGACAAGCAGCGCAAGGUGAUCAAUGCGCGCAUGCACGCUGUCAUGGCGGAGCUGGGUGGCGCUGUGAUCACACACAACAACAUCCGGCCUGAACUCUACCGGCCGGAUGGUAUCCAUCUGUCAGGCAGGGGCAUAGACACCUUCAACAACAACAUAAAGGACUUUCUGAUGAAAUGGAAUGAGGAGGAGGAAGAGGGCAGUGCCUCUUAGUUGCAGUGAAGAAAGAAAAAAAUACUGCUGUUUUAUUUUAUUUUUACUUAGUGUACUAAUGGAGAUGUUUAUGUUGCUGCUGUUUGAUUACUUAAUUUUGCGUCUUGUAGUAGCAUCGACUACAAAAACUGUAAGAUGGCAUUCAGUAUGGACUGUACAAAGAGUAUCAGAUAUGUGUUGACGUGAUUUUGUCUCUUUCUUUUCUUUUUUUACCAGAUUAUAAAUAAAAUCUCAAAGAAUGAUAGAACUAUUCCUUGAUGUCAAAUUUUUUUCACUUCAAGCUUUUGCUA